AUGAGUACUCCGUAUGAGACAAGCAUAUACAUAGUAACUACUACUACGGGCGCCGUAGUCCGGGCGUAUUCAGAGAUCCUGGCGGAUCCUCCUUCUGAUCCUCCCAUGAUCGUGGUUGCUAUGGGGGAAGGGCGGAAGGGAGGGGACUACUCCGUACUCCGGACUAUCUACCUCUCUCCCUUUUUGGUGCCAAGGCCAGCUGGACGUGGGUCCCCCCGAUCGACCCUCUCAACCGUUUCGGAAAAUGAAUGCAGCUCUAGGGUGUUUGUUGGGGGGGAGCCCGGUUUGCUCCGGGCCUCAACUGAAGCCCUCGGCUGUGGCUCACCGCCGGGCCCGAAGCAGGCUAGUGGCCGCUGUGCCUUGAUCAGGUUUAGCGCCAUCCCCAAUCGGCCGAUGGCGGGCGGUGAUUGGAUCUCAUUGGGUUCCUGGUUGUUGCGGUGGUGA